GAGGUGGGGACGCGGCGGCGCUGCUCGUCCGCUGCCGCCGGCACCGCGCGCGAACUCCGGUCCAUGGCACGCAGGGCGGCGGCCCCCGGAGCUGCUCGAGAGUCGCCGGCCGCGCGCGCCGCUGCGCCGCACUUUUAGGGCGGGAGCCGCGAGCCAGUCCCCGGCCGCCGCCGCCGCCUCCGCCGGCCCGGACAACCAAGAGGGAGUUCCCCGGAGCGCCGCGGCCCGCCUUUCCCCAGCGCCCCGCGCCCGCGAUGAUCUUCCCCAGCGGCAGCGGCCACCCCGGCGCCGCCGGCGGCUGCAGGACGCCCUACCGCAAGCAGCAGUCUCUGGUCCCAGCGCACCCCAUGGCCCCUCCCAGUCCCAGCACCACCAGCAGUAAUAACAACAGUAGCAGCAGUAGCAACUCAGGAUGGGAUCAGCUGAGCAAGACAAACCUCUACAUCCGAGGCCUGCCCCCCAACACCACUGAUCAAGACCUGGUCAAGCUCUGUCAACCAUAUGGAAAAAUCGUCUCCACAAAGGCAAUUUUGGAUAAGACAACCAACAAGUGCAAAGGUUAUGGUUUUGUUGACUUCGACAGUCCUGCAGCAGCACAGAAAGCUGUCUCUGCCCUGAAGGCUAGUGGAGUCCAAGCUCAGAUGGCAAAGCAACAGGAACAAGAUCCUACCAACCUGUACAUUUCUAACCUGCCGCUGUCCAUGGACGAGCAAGAACUUGAAAAUAUGCUCAAGCCCUUCGGACAAGUUAUCUCUACAAGGGUCCUGCGUGAUUCCAGUGGUACCAGCCGCGGUGUUGGUUUUGCCAGGAUGGAAUCAACAGAAAAAUGCGAAGCCGUAAUCGGUCAUUUUAAUGGAAAGUUCAUUAAGACCCCGCCAGGAGUUUCUGCUCCUACAGAACCGUUACUGUGCAAGUUUGCGGAUGGAGGACAGAAGAAGAGGCAGAACCCAAACAAGUACAUCCCUAAUGGGCGGCCCUGGCACAGAGAAGGAGAGGUGAGACUUGCUGGAAUGACACUCACGUAUGACCCAACUACGGCUGCUCUCCAUAACGGAUUUUACACUUCACCAUACAGUAUUGCCACAAACCGAAUGAUCAGUCAAACUUCUCUUACACCUUAUAUUGCAUCUCCUGUGUCUGCCUACCAGGUGGCAAAGGAAACCAGAGAAAGCAAGUAUCGGGGCUCUGCUGUCAAGGUGCAAAGUCCUUCUUGGAUGCAACCUCAACCUUACAUCCUACAGCAUCCUGGUGCCGUGUUAACUCCCUCAAUGGAACACACCAUGUCACUACAGCCAGCUUCUAUGAUCAGCCCUCUGGCCCAGCAAAUGAGUCAUCUGUCACUAGGCAGCACCGGAACAUACAUGCCUGCGACGUCAGCCAUGCAAGGAGCCUAUUUGCCACAGUAUACACACAUGCAGACGGCGGCAGUUCCCGUUGAGGAAGCAAGUAGCCAGCAGCAGGUGGCUGUGGAGGCAUCCAAUGACCAUUCUCCAUAUACCUUUCAACACAAUAAGUAACUGUGAGAUAUACCGAAGGGAGUUCUUACAUGAAGAAGGGUGUGAAGGCUGAACAAUCAUGGAUUUUUCUGAUCAAUUGUGCUUUAGGAAAUUAUUGACAGUUUUGCACAGGUUCUUGAAAACGUUAUUUAUAAUGAAAUCAACUAAAACUAUUUUUGCUAUAAGUUCUAUAAGGUGCAUAAAACCCUUAAAUUCAUCUAGUAGCUGUUCCCCUGAACAGGUUUAUUUUAGUAAAAAACAAAAACAAAAACAAAAAAAAAAAAACAAAAAAAAUCAAAGAUUUUUAUCAAAUAUAAUGAUGCAAAAAAGAAAAAAAAAAGAGAGAGAAAA